AUGACUGCCAUCCUGAUCUUCUGUGUGACGCUCCCUCAGUUCCAGCUGGCCGCGGGCAAGGUCUGUGAAAUUGAUGCAGUGAACCUCCGUCCAGAUGGGCCUGAAGCCUUGAAACUGCCUGAGAGCCUGAGAUGUAAAUCACACGGCUUAGAUGCGCCAGUUGACGAUGAGGAGAAGUCCACCAACCUUCGAAGGUCUUGGACUUCCCCCGAUGACGGAUGGGGAACCCAUCUCAUUCCGUCCGAUUUAGAGAAGAUGCCCAUGGGCAUGCCAGUGACGGUGGGCGAAUUGGCUGACUUCCUGUGCCAUGCUUGCAUGCCCCAGGCGUCUGAUCACAUCUUCGACUGGUCGCUUGAGCAGUGGAGAGCACACCGCAUGAAGGCCACACAGGCCCCAGAGACAGAGGUUCAGGAGAAGAAUUCUCAUUUGGACCUGGUGGAAGGGCCCUCCGGCCCCUUGCUGCUUCAUCGAGUACCCAGCGCCCCUCCCAGGCCAAUUCUGUGUGCAGAUGAUCCGGAGGCCACCCUCCUCAAGGCCGUCCAGUUGCUGUUGGCCUACCCCAAAUGCAAUGCGCUGCCUGUGGUGAGCCCUGUUCGUUUGACGGUCAUGGCCUAUCUCACUCUCUCUGCCUGUCUGGCCUUCAUCCUAAAUCGUUUGAGAGGCGAGCAGUUGUUGCCACUUGCACAGAUCAAAGUGGGCGAAGAGGUGCAGGUGGGAACUUGUGCAGACCAGCAGCAGAAGUUCGAAUUUGCCAAAUAUGCGGAGCUGGCGGCGGCACAAGCAGAGGGAAACAGCCCUCCUUGGGUCUUGAGCGAAAGCCAACCGUUGCGAGAGCUGCUGCACUUUUUCGCCAAGACGCAUCACAGCACCAUCCCAGUAGUGGAGGAUUCUAAGGGCAGCUUGGUCUACAAUCUGAGCAGAAGGGACUUGCUGUCCUACCUUGAUUUGGCCAUGCAGUCAGCCAGGUGUCAUUCGCAAGAUCAUGAGGAACGCAUUGUCUUCGAUCCUUCGGCACCUAUUGAGGUUGUUGUGAAGGCGCUGAACAGAUACAAAGUGGAUGACAGUCGAUUAAGAGCGGUUGAGGUGGCCACAUCGAUGCUCCAGGAACAGUCCCUUCUGGAUGGUCUUCUGGCUGAAGCACCACGAGACCCAAAGGGCCAGACGGACAUGCCUGGGGCCACCAUAUUGUAUGACAAGGACAUGAGUAUGAAAGACUUGAUCCUCUGCCUUUUAGAAGCGGACAAUCGGAAAGUCUUUCUGGUUCAGGACUGUGGCGACAAGAUGCCCAAACUCCGGCAAAUCAUUUCCGCGGGUGAUAUCUGGCGUAUGCUCAUCGGCCCAGAGAAAGACGAAUCGGCGAAGGCCAACGACUCCAUCUCGGUGUAG